CCUUCAACCUGUCUGUUCCUUUCUGAGCUUCCCUUUUCUUUUUCUCCAGAAGCUAAUAUGACCUCUUACAGAAAGAGUGGAGGUGGAAACAAGAGCUUUAGUACCUGCUCAGUUGGUGGAAGAAUGAGUGGGGGCUCUCGAACUGCAGGUGUCUCUGGAUCACGCAGUGUUAUUAACCUUGGCGGAAGUAGAAAAAUAUCCUUUGGUGCAUCCAGUGUCCGUUUAGGGUCAAGUCAUGGUGGUAGUGGUGGUGGUGCUGGAGGAGGAUUUUGUGGUGUAGGAGGAGCUGGUGGUGGCGGAGGAUAUGGUGGUGGAGGAGGAUAUGGUGGUGGUGGAGGAUAUGGUGGUGGCGGUGGUGCAGGAGGAUUUGGUGGUUCAGGAGGAUUUGGUGGUUCAGGAGGAUUUGGUGGUGGAGGAGGGGGAUUUGGCGGAGUUGGUUUUGGUGGAGGAAUGGGUGGUGGUGGACCUGGUGGGGACCCAGGUUUUCCUGUAUGUCCACCUGGUGGAAUCCAAGAGGUUACUUUCAACCAAAGCCUCCUGCAGCCACUCAAUAUAGAAAUAGAUCCAAACGCACAAAAAGUAAAAACAGAAGAAAGGGAACAGAUUAAGACCCUCAACAACAAAUUUGCUACCUUCAUUGAUAAGGUCAGAUUUUUGGAGCAGCAAAACAAAGUCCUAGAGACAAAAUGGCGUCUUUUACAAGAACAGGGGCAAAAAGGUGGCACCAAGAAGGUCAGCUUAGAACCCCUUUUUGAGGCUUUUAUAAGCAGCCUAAGGAGGCAGCUGGAUAGUAUAAUUAGCGAGAAGAGCCGUUUGGACAAUGAACAAAAGAAUAUGCAACAGAUGGUGGAGGAGUACAAAAAGAAAUAUGAAGAUGAAAUUAACAAGCGUACAGCAGCAGAAAAUGAAUUUGUAGUGCUUAAGAAGGAUGUGGAUUCUGCCUACAUGACCAAAGUGGAUCUGGAAACCAAAGUAUUUAGUCUCACUGAUUAUAUUGACUUCCUUAGAUCUCUCUAUAAUGCAGAAUUAUCCCAGACACAGCAGCAAAGCUCAGAUACCUCUGUUAUUCUGUCUAUGGACAACAACCGUGACUUGAAGCUGGAUGACCUCAUCGCUGAAAUUAAAAAUCAAUAUGAUAUGAUUGCAGAAAGAAGCAAAGCAGAAGCCAAUCAAACAUAUGAAAACAAGUAUAAAGUACUACAGGCAGUCGCAGGACAACAUGGGGACAGUGUGAAGAAUACCAAGAGUGAGAUUGCAGAGCUAAAUCGUAUGAUUCAGAGACUGAAGUCUGAGAUAGAGAAUGUCAAAAAACAGAUUACAGCUCUCCAGACAUCCGUUACUGAAGCUGAAGAACGAGGUGAACUUGCUUUGAAAGAUGCUAGAGAUAAAUUGAAGGAACUUGAAGAUGCUCUAAAGAAAGCCAAGGAAGACGUGGCCCGCCAACUGCGUGACUACCAGGAGCUAUUGAAUGCUAAGCUGGCACUUGACAUUGAAAUUGCCACAUACAGGGCACUGCUGGAAGGAGAAGAGGACAGAAUGUCUGGACAGGUAGUGAGCAACGUGAGCAUCUCUGUUGUCGGUGGUAGCUCAUCAAGCAUGCAAGUAGGCGGAGGAGGAGGUGCUGGAGGAGGUGCUGGAGGAGGUGCAGGAGGUGGCUAUUGCUACGGACCUGGUGGUGGUGGCGGCUACGGAUCUGGUGGCGGCUACGGAUCUGGUGGCGGCUACGGAUCUGGUGGAGGCUAUGGAGUUGGUGGAGGAGCUGGAGGAGGAUACAAUACAGGAUACGGAGGAGGAGAAUGUGCACCAGGUGGUGGCGGCGGCCAAUACAGCCGUUCAAGUGGAAGCAGAAGCUCAGUAACAGUUGCCUCAACAACAGCCACAACAAAGAAGCAAACCUAUUAAACAAUGUCAUACUGACAGCAAGCAUCAACCCUUCAAAGCCAGAUUUCACUAAACUUUUGUCCCUCUGUCAAAACAUAUGUAUGUCUAGUAUGUUUAAAUAUAGCAUCCUGGCACUGUUGCAAUGAUCAGCUGACACAUUUGAGUGUAGUGAAGUAUACAGCACUUCAGAGCAAGCAAUAGUUUCAAACAGUAGAUAUUCUCUGAAAAUAUAAAGAACAGUAGAAAAACCAAAUGUAUUAAGAUAUAAAUUUGCAUGGAACUAAUUGCAAUCUGGUCCUGUAAAUCCCUGCUUGUCUUUUUAUUGGAAAGGUGGUGUACUAGAUAUUUUGUAUAUAAAUACUGGAUCUUCAAAUUCCAGGCUAGAAUUUCCUCACUUUUCUGUAUAUCUUCAAUAAACUGCAUAUGGAACUUAA